AUCCCAACUACCCCAACUUUACCAUGGUUUCAGGCUUAGCACAAAUUUCCUAAUCUCUUCCUUGCUUUCUCUUUCAAUAAUUUCAGUCUUCCACGGCUUGAGGUUACCACCUAUCAGAGAAGAAAACUCCUAAACGCCAAUGGCGGCAGCAGCAGGAGAACCGAAGAAGAUCAUCAUAGACACUGAUCCUGGCAUCGAUGAUGCUAUGGCGAUAUUUGUGGCUCUGAGGUCUCCUGAAGUGGAGGUCAUCGGACUCACCACUAUUUAUGGCAAUGUCUACACUACUUUGGCCACGAGGAAUGCCUUACAUUUGCUAGAGGUUGCAGACAGGACCGAUAUCCCUGUGGCGGAAGGAUCACAUGUUACCAUCACUUUUUGCACCCAGAAAGGUACAAAACUUCGUAUUGCUGAUUUUGUCCAUGGUGCUGAUGGGCUUGGCAAUCAAAAUUUCCCUCCACCUGAAGGAAAGCCUAUUGACAUGUCAGCUACUGAUUUCCUUGUUGAGCAAGCAAACCUCUAUCCUGGGAAGGUCACUGUGGUGGCAUUGGGGCCCCUAACAAAUAUUGCACUGGCUAUUCAACAAGAUUCAUCAUUUGUUAAAAACAUUGGGCAAAUUGUUCUUCUUGGUGGUGCUUUUGCAGUAAAUGGAAAUGUGAAUCCAGCAGCCGAGGCCAAUAUCUUUGGUGAUCCAGAUGCUGCAGAUAUUGUGUUCACAAGUGGAGCAGAUGUUUUGGCUGUAGGGAUAAAUGUAACUCAUCAAGUAAUUUUGACAGAUUCUGACCGAGAAACAUUGGCUAGUUCAAAUGGAAAAUUUGCUCAGUACUUGUUGAAGAUACUAGAGGUGUACUUCAAUUAUCAUCAUGAUGCAUACAGCACAAAAGGUGUGUACCUUCAUGAUCCAACAGCCAUGCUUGCAGCCAUUAAUCCUUCACUUAUCACCUACGUGGAGGGUGCUGUCAGAGUUCAAACAAAUGGCAUCACACGGGGACUAACACUAUUAUACAACAAGCAGAAGAGGUUUGCUGAAAUUACGGAGUGGUCCGAUCAACCAUCGGUGAAGGUGGCGGUCACAGUUGAUGCACCUGCUGUUCUCAAAUUGGUUCUGGAGAGGUUGAUGGAAUGAUGAUGAGGAUGGUUGUAUUGUGUAAUCAGUGUGAAUGUUUUUUUAAGACCGUAUCAGCUUUGUCAGUGGACUAAUUUGUUCUGUUACGGUAGCUGUUAUUGUUUCAAUAAAAGGUAAUAAUUUUAUGCUA